AUGCCUUUUGGAAUUAUUUUACUUCUACUCAUUAUUUCGGAAGCAGUAUGUUUUACGCCUUAUGCCAGAGUAGGUCAAACGCAAGCCCUAGUUGGCACAAAGCUCUUUUAUGCUGGCGGAUAUACGGGACUUACUCAGGCCUAUUCGAAUGAAUUAUUCUACUUGAACCUUUCCAGUUCAUUCCAAGCCAGUAAUCCACCAUGGGUAUCUUUAACUAAUGCGAAUAUACCAAUUUCGCCCACUUAUUCUACCUUCGUCGUUAGCCCAUUUGAUAAUUUCACCAUAUAUCUUAUCGGUGGAUACUUAGUAAAUCCUAGCACAAAUACACCAGAUAAUAAUACAUUAAUAUAUGCAUUUAAUUCUAAUGUUACAGAAUGGACUAUGCCAACAAUAAGUGGUAGCUCUCCUAAACGCCAAGAAAUGGAAGGCGUAGUGGAUAAUACGGGAAAAGUGUACAUCUUUGGUGGAAGCGUAAUAACAAAUUAUACCACUAGAAAAGGAAUUUUUUUUAAUGAUAUGAAUAUUCUUGACAUGGGUACAAAUAUUUGGUCGACUAUCCAACCAACCUCAAACUUUCCAAACCCACGGAUAGAUUAUACUGCGAUACUCUUAGAUAAUAAUAUUAUUGUUUAUAUAGGAGGAAGAGAAUAUGCUAAUGAUAUUAACCAAACAGAAAUUUUAGUCGAUUUACACCAAAUUCAACUUUUCGACACUAAAAAUUCAAACUGGUCGUCAAUGACAGCUACCGGAGUUAAUUUGCAGGCGCGUAGGUUCCAUACUGCUGUACUUGCUAAAAACGGCCAAAUCAUUAUCUACGGAGGCGAAAAUAUAAAUUUUACUCCGGUCACACCUAACCUUGCCAUAUUAAAUACAAGUGUUACUCCAUAUAAUUGGUAUAUUCCAACUAUUAAUGCUGGUCCUUAUGAUCCGCCACUUUUAGCUGAACAUUCAGCAACUAUGUAUGAGGACCUGAUGAUUAUUGCAUUUGGGAUCUUCUACGAAUUAUAG